UAUUAACAGAAAAGAGAAGAGUAUCCUAAUUUUCUAACAGACGUGUAUAUAAAAGCUAGUUUUUCCUCUUGUUCACUAUCUCCACACAGGAAGACCACAGGCUGAAUCUGAGAAAGAAGAAUUAUCUGCAUUAUCUCCACCACCAAGAUGCUGACUGUGUCUCUACUCGUUUGUGCCAUGAUGGCUCUGGCUACAGCUGAUGACGCAGAUGUCACUUCCAGCAACUCUACCAGCAACGCUUCCAACAACUCUUCCAGCACCACAGAGGGCCCUGCUUGUCCUGCUUCUUGGACUAAGUACAAUGAUCGCUGUUUCCUCUUCGUUCCUAGAGGACUGGAUUGGGUUGACGCUGAGAAAAACUGCCAGUCCUCGAAAGGAAACCUUGCAUCAGUGCACAGUGUUGAGGAGUAUCAGUUCAUUCAGAUGAUAAUCAAACAACAGACUCAUGCUAAUCCAAUGACCUGGAUUGGAGGCCAGGACGCCCUGAAGAACAAUGUUUGGUUCUGGAGUGAUGGCAGACCUUUCUACUUUACAUUCUGGUGUGCAGGGGAACCCAACAAUGGAAGUGGCAACCAGCAUUGUAUCGAGAUGAAUUUCGGUGAGCACAACUGCUGGGAUGAUGUCCAGUGUUCCAUCAAACUUCCAUCUGUCUGUGCCAGAAACCCAUAAGAAUCUCCUGAGCUGACACAGAGAUAAAUUGUACCUACCACACACACAAACAUCUUCUUAGCGUGUGACAGUGUGGAUUUCUCUGUGUCAUCAGUCUCAUGUGUAAUCACAUCUUUAAUUCCCUGUUUGGCUGUAACCAAACUUCUUGACUUCCUCUUUGGCCUUUAAUAAGAGAAGAAUGAAUAUGUUGUGAAAAGAACGCUUUUAGCCCAAACUAAUCUUUGAUGCACUUUGAAUUAAAUCUCUGGAGCAUUGAAA